AUGUUAACCCGCUGGUUAACUUUCAUCGCUCUACUGGCUGCCUCAGUAUACGCUGGUGUAGCAGCUGUUGGCCAUGAUGCCCUGACGGUGGUGCCCACCAGCAGGGUCGAAGGACAACCAGAGGUGCAAGUGACUGUCAAGUGUGGAGAUGGAAAGAAGGCGGGUGUGGUGGCCUACUGGCACACCCCCUUUGGACACCUCCAAACGCCUGGCUUCCACGCCAGACUGGACCCGGUUUACAUGCACCAUGAUGGCAGCCUUGUGGUCACCAAGCUGAGCAGCCUCCACGAGGGCUUGUAUUACUGCCUCUUGCGGCACGAUGGGGGAUCCACACUGUUCCCCUAUCAGCUUUGCAAACGGCCAGAAGACGUUGGACAAGAACAUUUCAGGUUCAGGAGGGAGCUUGGUUCUGUUGCAGAGGAGCAGGAAAAUGUUUCUGACCGGCUCUUGGCAGGAGCUGUGGCAGCCUCAGUGCUACUCACGUUUGUGUUUGGCUUCAGUGCAGGAGCUCUGAGCAGGAGAAAUGUUCUCAGGUGUUGGACGGGGCUCACUAAGAUCUUACCUGCCUCAUCUCCACGGCAACAGCGUGACCUGUCAGAUGCUGACAUCACCAUGGCGACGCUCUCAUCCAUGCACAACAAGAUGGAGCAGGUGACGGACGACGAGACCACAAGCAGCUUGGGUUCGAACCCGCCUGCCAAACCUCAGAGAAGCUUCCGGGAAAGACGAGAGGCGCAGGCCUACUGGGAAGCAUGUGACCGCGUGGAGGGCAGGAGCAUAGAAGAGGCGAGAGGAAGGCUGGAGGAAUGUGAUGGAAAGGUCAGAGAAGUCAGACCAUCAGGACAAGACAAGGAUGAGGAGGGGAUGAGUAGGAAAGAAGAGGAAGACGGAGAGGUGGGAGGUUUUGAUGGGAGGAUAGAGGACGACCACACAGGAGAAAAGAAUGAUGACGGUGAAAAUGAGAGGAAAGAGGAUGAUGAAAAAGACAAUGACGAAGAUGAAAAAGAGAAUGAAGUAGAUGAAAAAGAGAAUGAAGUAAAUGAAAAAGACAAUGAAGUAAAUGAGAAAAAUAAAAAAGAGAAAGUCAAAAAAGAGAAUGAGGUAGAUGAAAAAGAGAAUGAGGCAGAUGAAAAAGAGAAUGAAGUAGAUGAAAAAGACAACGAGGAAGAUGAGAAAGAGAAGAAUGAGGUAGAUGAGAAAGAGAAAAAUGAGGUAGAUGAGAAAGAGAAGAAUAAGGUAGAUGAGAAAGAGAAGAAUAAGGUAGAUGAGAAAUUGAAGAUUGAGGUAGAUGAGAAAGAGAAGAAUGAGUUAGAUGAGAAAGAGAAAAAUGAGGUAGAUGAGAAAGAGAAGAAUAAGGUAGAUGAGAAAGAGAAGAAUAAGGUAGAUGAGAAAUUGAAGAUUGAGGUAGAUGAGAAAGAGAAGAAUGAGGUAGAUGAGAAAGAGAAGAAUAAGGUAGAUGAGAAAGAGAAGAAUGAGGUAGAUGAGAAAGAGAAAAAUGAGGUAGAUGAGAAAGAGAAGAAUAAGGUAGAUGAGAAAGAGAAGAAUAAGGUAGAUGAGAAAGAGAAGAUUGAGGUAGAUGAGAAAGAGAAGAUUGAGGUAGAUGAGAAAGAGAAAAAUGAGGUAGAUGAGAAAAAGAAUAAGGUAGAUGAGAAAGAGAAGAUUGACGUAGAUGUAAAAAAGAAUAAGGAAGAUGAGAAAGGAGAGAAGAGUAAUGAUGAAGAUGGAGGGGCAGACGUGAGCAGUGAAAGUUUGUCUUCACAAACAGACGGUGAUGAUGAUGGAGGCGAAGAUAAAAAAGAGGAACUUUCUUCCUCUCAAGUCUCGCCGUCUCGUUCGAGUCGCGUCAUCCGUCUCUAUCAGUACGACGAAGAUGGCCGCCGAUACGGCCACCUCCCCGACCCGGGCCCAGAGGAGCCGGGCCCCGCCCCCAAACUCAAGCAGCGCUCCGCGUCUUUGACACGCCUCAACGCCAUCAUGGCCGCCGCCUCAGCUGGACCACUAGACACGCCCCCGAGGGGGCAGGAGGGGUCAGCGAGGACGGAGACGACACACUUUGGAAUGGACAUUUAA